AUGAUCGAUGUGCAUUCUCGACUGCACAAACGGCAGAAGGGAAGCAGCGCCAACACGGAUAGCACGGCAGAUGACCUCGUUGAGCAGGUUGCGGCAGACAUGAUGAAAGAAGCAUGGCUGUGGUGCUUUGACGAAUUCCAAGUGACCCAUAUCAGCGAUGCCAUCAUCAUGAAGCGCAUCUUCUCCGUCCUCUUCGAGCUGGGAGCCGUGGUGGUGGCAACUUCUAAUCGCCCGCCCAAAGACUUGUACUUAAAUGGACUGAACCGGCCACUCUUUUUGCCGUUCAUUCCAAUGCUCGAGUCCUUUUGCCACGUGCAUGACAUUGGGGCGGAAGUGGAUUAUCGAAUGUGUUCAUCUCGAGAUGAAGAGGAUGAUCGUGUCUACAUCACUCCCAACGGUUCCGAUGAGAUCAAGAUCUUGGAAGCAAAGUUUGCAAAGAUUUGUCAGGGCCACGUCCGCUUCGGCGUGCAAGUGGAGACACAGGGUCGAAGAAUUGCAGUCCCGAGGUGUGCAGAGAACUCAGAUGUGGCGUGGUUUACCUUUAAGGAUCUUUGUGACAAGCCAUUGGGAGCUGCAGAUUAUCUGGCCAUUGGCAGUGCCUUCCACACGAUUUUCAUUGCCGAUAUCCCACGACUUACAAUGCAGGAGCGCGAUCAAGUUCGGCGCUUCAUCACGUUGAUUGAUGCACUAUACGAAUCGCAUGCAAAAGUAGUUUGCACAGCAGCACUGGACCCAAUCUCAUUGUUCCAGGUGUCGGCGGAGGAGAAGAAGACCUCCAUCGCCGACGAGAUCUUCGCCUGGGACCGUACAGAGAUGCAAUCGGCCACCUAUCUUAGCCAUUCCUUCCGGUCCCUUAGUGCUGAACAAUUUCUCGGUCAAUACAAGCUGAAGUGCUUGUCGGACCAGGACUUCAAGGAUCUGUGGCGGCGCUAUGAUCAAGAUGACAACGGCUGCUUGGACAUGCAGGAGUUCCGAUACCUUUUGGAAGACCUCCUCGAACGUCAGUGCGGGCAUCGGAACGUCUCCGACGAGCUGCCUUGGCGAAGUAAGGACGACAUCCAUGUCCAUGGGGAGACGGUGACCUUCGAGGUGCCCUGGUUCUUCGAUUGCUCCAACAAUCCGGAGUGGAGCGCCUUCCGCGAGCUCUUCCAAGGCUUCCGCCGCCGCUUCAGUGCGCCGGAGCGAGCCGACCGCGACGAUGCGGCCAUGGUCACCGAGGUCCAACAGGUCCUCACUGAAGCCAACCAGCUGGGCCGGCGCUACGAGCCCAACUUUGUUCAAUAUGCCAGCGACUGGUCGGUGUUUCACAUCUGCAACCCGGAUCGUUUGUCCGAAGUUCCAGAGGUGGCAAAGAUGUUGAUUGAUUCCACAAAGGCGUACUCCUCGAGAAAUACGUUGUACGCUGACAAGCUUCAAAGCUGUUUCGAUAUAGUUCCGGUGUUGAAGGAAUCCAGCGCCAUGGGAAGUGCAGCCAGCACACAGCUGGCAUCAGCUACUGCCGAAGAUCUCCAGAAAAUCUAUCAGGAUUUACCCGAAGAGACUCGAAGCAAGUUGCUGUCAGCCAUGGCCACAGCGAAGACGUCCACUUGGACCGAAGCCUAUGGUGUUUUGGGAUGCUUUGCCAGCAAAGACCCUGCUACCACGAUGAAGCUUGUCCUGGCAGAUGCGGCGAUCCAGGUAAAGGAAGAGAAAGGAGCUCCUUGGUUUUCCGUGAUGGGCCAUCCAAAUACUCCUGAGUCUGACAAAGACAAGGCUUUUUGGGUGGCUGCCUUUCACAGCAAGGAGGCUUAUCAUCAGGAGCACACACAGCGCCCCAGCAACAAGGCCUUUGUCUCAGAGCUGAUGGCCACUUGCGCUACCGGCAAUCCCAUGGUGGACAUGAUGGGCACGUACCGGGGCUCCAUGUACUAUACGGAGAAAUCGGCAGCCCAGCUGGAAGGGACUGUGUAUGCAGUGGUGCGUACUUGGACUACCAAGGAUGCCAAAUCAGCAGAGAAGAUGCUUGAUAUGCUGAAGGCAGCGGAUGGAUUGAAGGAGAUGGAACUCCAUCCGGAUUUGCUGCAGAUCAUUCUGUUCCCCACCGUUGCAAUCGGUGGGGACGUCCCCGAGGGUGCUCCCAAAGAUGAUCGAAUGUUGAAGUCAGCUUUGCUCUUCAAGUCCUUGGAAGCCAUGGAGCAGUGGAAAAAGGGGGCUAUUGCGAAGGUAGAGCAGUGGAAGGAGAGCUCCGGUUGGUCGGUGACCAUGGUCGAGUUGGCCAAGUCGCUCAGCAAUGCCUUCAUGGCGAACUCCGAUUACAGGGUUUCCCGAGAUGCAGCGUUGCCGGCGCUGAGCGAGUUCUCCGGGGUUCCGCGUCGGCCGCCCGAGCACACCAGGCCGGGUACAGCUGAGACGGCUUCUUCCUCGGUGAUCAGCACUUGGGACCUAUCCUUCGUGCACUUCUUCUUCGCUGAGAACUGCACCGCGGACUCCCAGAUCGACAUCGACACAGGUCGAAAUGGCAAUGGUGCCGCCUUCUCACACCAGGGUGGCUCGUGGUGCGGCACCGACGAACGGCUGCUGCAGCUGAAUGCGCUGUUCACUGAUACUUUGCUGAAUUGCCACACUGGUGAUCACAAGGCACGACAUCAUUUCUUGCGAUCCGCGCAGGAGUACUAUGAGCUCUUUUUGCAACUCAUGGGGAAUGACGCUGAGUUGCGCUCUGCAGAUUUCUUCAUGUGUGGCGAACCGGUGCUCUUUUGUCGCCUCUUGAGCUACUUCGGGCAGCCCGUGAUUGGUUACAUUUCCACGCCCAUCUCGGUCUAUGUCGGAAAGCAUGAUCGAGCCGAGUGGUACCAGCAGUUCUAUGAGAUGACUCUAGAUGAUCGCCACAUCUUCGCCACCACCACGCCCAUCUUUGCGGAGUGGGUGGCGUACGCCACUGGAAUCGACCUGCCGGUCAUCCGGCCCAUUUGCAGCUACACUGAGGUGAGCUACUGGCCACGCCGCCAACGCGAGUUGCUGCUCUUGCGCAGCGUGAGCCUGUUUUGGGAUACGGAGUGUGUCCUGAACUACUUUGCCAAGCAGUUCGCAGGUGACGGGGAACCGCUCCGCUUCUUGGAGUCCACCGGGCUUUCGGAUGAGGAGAGACGAGGCUAUGGGAGUUUCGCUGAAUUCAAGGCAGCAGUGAUUUAUCCCUAUUCUCCGAGCCAGUUCUGGUUCUACGAGCUAUAUUCCAUGGCCGUGCCCCUCCUGAUGCCAACCAGAGAAUCCAUGCCACUCUACGUGAGCCAGGAUUACUCAGUGUGUCCAGACUUCGAGGGACAUCGCUUGGGCCAUGCGCCGCAUUUGGUGCAUCCCCACUCACCCUUUGAUACCGAUGACUGGGCGGCAAUGACGUACUGGGCAUCCUUCACAGAUUACCUCACUUUGCCACAUGUCCUCCACUUCUCUUCAGUGCCCGACCUCUUGAGAUGCAGCAUUUGGGCAUUGCGCAAACAUUCUGGAGUGAGGCAGGUCUUAGACGGUCAGACAGAUCCAUCCAAGGAAGUGCUGGGCGCACCCGUGGGGUCUCUCGCUGUACCUGGAAAUGACGAAGACCUCACCAAUGAAGAGCGUUGGAACAUCAUUUGGGCAGAUGCUGGAGUCGCCUUGGGCUUGUCACUGCUGGCCCUGAUCGCACAAGUCGUGGUGAUCACCUUUCUUCAGGGCAUCGCUGCGCUGGUGCAGUUUAUCCUGGGCAUCACGUGCGACAAGUGGGUACCCGAACGGGCAAAGCGCGAGGCGCGGAAGCACAGGACGCGGCUGGCGGGUUGCGGGUUGCAGAGCGGAUCGGGGGAUCUGAAUGGGAGCCUUUUGGAGAUGGAAGGAGCCCACGGAGGCUUUGCUGCUCCGCACAACCUGAUGAAGGACGAGUUGCGGGACCUCUCCACUCGGCAGCCCAGCGGUGAGCGACCGAGUGUUGGUGUCAGAGGAGACCAUCCUCACCAAUACCACUUCGACAUGGUGGCGGCGGCCCAGGCAGGCAGAGCGGGGGGCAUGGGUGGAAACGGUGACGAGGUGAAGCUGUGGACUCGAGAUUGCUGCAGCGAAAUCUAUGGUACCUUGGCGUCGGACGCGGUUUCGCACAGGUACACGGGUCGCCAGUUGUUUGUUCUCCUGGGCAACAGCUCCGAUGUACGUCAUGCGGCCGAGUGCGCAGCAUUGGAGGUGGUUAGCCGGCAGGGCGUGCUUGAUGACCAGCAGGUUUCGACCAUUUGCCUCGGGACUGGAGAGUAUCUCUUUGUGGAGGCAAGGCCCGGCCGGGCUGAAGCUGAAGAGGUCGCAAUUCUGAUGCUUCCAGAGACGGCCAUGAGCUCUGGCCUCCCCGCCUCGCUGGGCGAAGGGCGCCAGGAGGGCAGCGCUGCGCUCAGCGCGCUGGCCGAGUGUCGGAGGCAGCGAGAGCAACAAGAGCAGUUGCUGUUGAAGGCCCAAGAGGAGCUUCAAAAGGCCGCGCGCCUUGCCAAAGUGGCCAUUGAGCGUCGUGUGGGUGGACCGGAGCCAGCCGACGCGAGCCGUGUCGAGAAGCCACAAACAAACCCGGGGACGGCGUCAGAAACUCGGAGGCAGCCAAAACAUCCGUCUUCACGGAUUGCUGUGCGCCCCGCACUCCGACAAAGGCAACGGUCUGAUGGAGAGGCCGUGGAAGCACCAAGUGGGGUCAGCGCUUCGCUGCGGGCAGCGGCUGCAUUGUCACCUCAUCGAGGCUUUUAUCACACGAGCUCGCCACAAAGGCCGCUUCGCCGGGCUCAGACCACCAGCGCGCGCCUCGCCUGGGCCCCCGCCGCGGUGCCAAUGCCAGGUGAUGAGAAGCCGGAUGCUCCGCCGGAGGCGACGCCGGGUGGACCGGCGGCCGUGGACGCGUGCAAGUCUGCGGAAGCUACGGACCCCGGCGCUUCCGGGGACGCGGCAGACGGUGCAGCGGUCCCAUCCGCACCUUCUUGGAAGCGAUUGGCUCUCUUGCUCCGAGAAGAAAGGACGGUGACACAGUACGUCUCCAGACGCAAUGUGACCCUGUCUGAGUACGAGCAAGUUCAGCAGAGAUACGAAGGGCACAUGAACACACUCAAAGUGCUGUGUGAGACAGUGAGGGCGCCGGAGAAGGAGAAAAAGAUCAUUCACCGCGGAAGCCGCGGCCUGAACUUCCGGGAUCUCCAGGAAGAGAAGGACUUCCAAGACUUCCUGGAACUUCGUGAUCCUCUUUUGGGCAGCCGAGCUGGAGCCAGACCACGGAGCUGUUCCCCACGACAGGCCAGUCCACCACGGAGUCGCGUGCAGAGGUCUUCCACGGAGAAGAAGGCAGAGAAGAGCCGACACCUCAGUGAAGAGGCGCUGGUGGAAGAGAAAUCGGUUACUUUGCCUCUUCUUGGUGCUCGCAUGCUUUCGGCCGUGCCCAUGGCCCUGCUCUACCAGGACAACGACUUGGAACAUGUCAGAUCUCUCUUUUGCGCACAGGUGCCUGAAGCUCGAGUCUUGGAAAUCUUCCGUGUGGAGAACGCCACAUUGGCCGGCGUGUACUCCGCGGUACGAGAGGCCAUGGGGAGCGAUUGUGAGUUGGACCUUUGGCACGGCACGUCCAGCGAGUGUGUGCCGAACAUCGUACUGAAUGGCUUCAACCGGGCCUACUCUGGUAGGAGGCAUGGUACAAAGCUGGGCCAUGGUUCCUAUUUUUCCGCCUCUGCGGCAUACAGCACCCGCUUCUGUGACCGGAAGCGGCAGCGGCGCACGGUGUUCUUUGCCAAGGUUCUCGUGGGCGCCUGGGCCAAAGGCUCUCCGGACUUGGUGGAGCCGCCCGUGAAGGACGCAGAAGGCCUGAUCCGCUAUGACAGCACCGUGGACGACCUCCUUUGCCCCGUGAACUUCUGCAUCUUCCGAGACUUCCAGGCGAUGCCCACGUACCUCUUGGAGUUCACCAUCUGA